AUGAUUACACCCAAUGACCGUGUUAAUGAAAACGAGGAGUACAAAAAAAACUUUUAUGUUGAAAGCAAAAGUUUAUUUUCUAAUGAAAAUCCACAAGAAACUAAUGAACCAGCUUCUAAAAUUAAUACUUGUCGAGAAGAACGUGAUGCAAUUAAUAUAGAUUUAAUUCAUGCUUUAACUCAAGCUAAUAUUCCACUUGAGAAAGUCGAUAGGCUUAAACCGUUCUUCUUGAAGUACUGUAAAAAUAGUGGUUCUAUUGUUGAAUCAACUCAAUUACAUAGCAGAUAUUUGCCUAUUGCAUUUAAUUUGGAAAUUGAGAAUUUAAAACUACUCUUAGUUGGAAAACGAAUUUCUAUUACUAUCGAUGAAUCACCUGAUGUUUGUGGAAGAGCUGCUGUAAAUGUAUUAUUUAGUUUUUAUAAUACGACUAAACUAGUUAAAACUGAGCAUUUAGAUAUUGUUAAUAAUACUACUAUCACACAAUUAGUAAUGAAAACGCUUCAAUUUUAUAAUAUUCCAUUUGAAAAUAUUAUUUUUUUUAUUUCCGACAAUGCUUCUUAUAUGGUAAAAGCAUUUAGUGUUUUAUCUCCCUUAAUAACUCAAAUGAAACAUAAUCGUUGUUUGGCGCAUAUAUUAAAUUUAGUGGGUGAAACAUGGGUGGGUCACAAAAAUUUUAAAUUAUUAGAUGACAUAGUAAUGCAAAUUAAAGCCUCAUUUACACAUAAUAAUGCACGUAAACGAAACCUUUUUAAUGUAUUGGAAUUUUUUAAAAUUCACAACAAACCUGUGGCACCUUCUGUGUCAAAUCAAUUAACACAACUUGAAGCACAACUUCAAUCUGGUACUGUUAAUCCACCUUUAAAUGAUAAAAUACUAACUAUAUUUAAUACACUACAUAUAGAUUCUUCACGAUAUAUAGUUGGAUUUCGGGAGGCAUAUCAGUCAGCAUUAAAUAAGUUUAAAAAACAUAUCGAUCAACAUCAGACUUUACCUUUAUUUAAGGCAAUUCAAUGUUUUGAUCCCUAUUAUUUUCAUUCACAACAAAGUCGACAGAAUAUUAAUUUGUACAAAUAUAUUCCUGAGUUUGAAAAUCCAAAUAGUGCUAUUAUACACGUUGGCCUAAUUCUUAAUGAAAAAAAGAGUACUUUGACUUCACUUUUGCUUUGGGCGGGCAAUGAUCAAUCGGCAGGUGAUGCGCGACGCAAGAUGCACAGCAUUAAUAUUAAUAAGCUCCAGUUGGACGCUGGUUUAACGAAAGGGACUGAACGAUGGAAUUCGGUAGUUAUGAGGGAAAAG